GUUUAUGGGGGUUCUAAACAAGAUUAAAUAUUUAGUAUUACAAAAAUCAACUCAGUCCCAAGAAUCGUUCAAACCAAUUAGUAGUGAUAAUAAUACAAUUAUAGGAGUAUUUAAUUAUUCAUUUCCUUUUCUCCAGACCUGACUAUCUAGAUCAUAAAUAAUAAAUGUAUAUAAUGGUGGACACGGUGUUGGGUUUCAGAGGAAAAGAGGAAACGUCGUGAUUAGCAUUUUUCUUAAUUAUCGAUAUUAUUACUUACACAGGUGGAAAUCGGGGAAAAGGAAAUGGGUAGUUACAAUUAUUACAAAAUGUUCGGGUGUUUUAAUCGGAAGUUUAAGAUCAGCGAGUCGGAGCCACCGCCGGACGUGAUGAAUGCGUUCCGGAGGUACUCGGAGGGCGGGGCCCACAUGUCGGCCGAUCAGUUUGCCCGGUUCCUGGUGGAAUACCAGGGGGAGGAAGGUUGCACCGUGGCUGACGCGGAUAGGAUAAUGCAUGAGGUCAUCCAACGCCGGCAUCAUCUCACCAAGUAUACUCGCCGGGGCCUCUCUCUUGAGGAUUUCUUCUAUUACUUGUUCCAGGAUGAUCUUAAUCCUCCUCUCCCUUCUCAGGUUCAUCAUGAUAUGACUGCUCCGUUGCAACAUUAUUUCAUAUAUACGGGCCACAAUUCCUACUUAACUGGGAACCAGUUGAGCAGUGAUUGUAGUGAAAUCCCAAUUAUAAAAGCCUUAGAAAGGGGUGUAAGGGGGAUUGAAUUAGACUUGUGGCCAAACUCAGCAAAAGAUAAUGUCCACGUUCUUCAUGGAAGGACCCUGACGACUCCAGUUACACUGUACAAAUGCUUAAAGUCAAUCAAAGAGCAUGCUUUUGUCAAAUCUCCAUACCCUGUAAUAAUAACUUUGGAGGAUCACCUUACUCCAGACCUUCAGGCAAAAGUGGCUGAGAUGGUCACCCAAGUGUUUGGAGAUAUGCUCUAUUAUCCUGAGGCUGUGUCCUUAGAGUUUCCUUCACCAGAAGCGUUGAAGCAUCGGAUUAUUCUUUCAACUAAACCGCCGAAAGAAUACCUUGAAACAAAGCAGAAUAAAGAAGAUGGUGUCUCACCGUUGGGAAAGGAUUCUUUUGAAGAAGAAUUUUUUAAGAAGGAGACACCAACUCAGUCAGAAACUGAUGCCAAGUAUGACAGUGAUCUGGAUGAUGAAGAUGGAGACUUCCAAAACCAAAAAGCAUCUCAGCAAGCGCCACCAGAGUAUAAGCGUCUUAUUGGUAUUCAUGCCUGUAAGGCAAAACAUGGCGUGAGGCAUGCAUUAGUGACUGCGAGUGAUAAAGUUAAACGUCUAAGUUUAAAUGAGCAAGAACUUGAAAAAGCUGCAGCAUCCUGUGGAACUGAUGUUGUGAGGUUUACGCAAAGAAACAUAUUAAGGGUGUUUCCUAAAGGAACCAGGGUCACCUCAUCAAAUUUUCACCCCAUGAUGGGGUGGACGCAUGGAGCUCAAAUGCUUGCUUUUAAUAUGCAGGGAUAUGGGAAAUGUCUCUGGAUGAUGCAUGGGAUGUUUAGAGCUAAUGGAGGCUGUGGCUACGUGAAAAAACCUGAUUUCCUCAUGAACAGAGGUCCCUAUAACGAGUUAUUUGAUCCCAAAAGACCAGUGGUAGUUAGAAAAACUUUAAAGGUGAGUGAUGAUGAAUGAUGCAAUGAAGUUUAGCAAAUUCGUGAUCCGGAUGAGCUUAUAACAACUUUUAUCAUAUGUCCCUGGCACAGGUAAGUGUAUAUUUAGGCGACGGAUGGCGAUUAGAUUUUAGUCAUACGCAUUUUGAUUCAUUUUCACCCCCAGACUUCUACACAAAGGUCAGUCGUCAUAUCAGUUUCCACUGCUACACUUAAUCUGAGGUGAUGCAAGAAUUUAAUCUAACAAAAAGGGGCUGCAAAUGACAGGUUCAUAUAAUUGGGGUGCCGGCAGAUGAGGCGAAGAAGAAGACAAGGAUAAUAGAAGAUGACUGGGGACCAAUCUGGGAUGAAGCUUUCACAUUCCCUUUGACAGUACCGGAUCUAGCAUUGCUGCGGAUAGAAAUCCGGGAGCAUGACAUGUCGGAAAAGGAUGACUUCGGGGGGCAAACAUGCUUGCCUGUGUCCGAGUUGAGACCCGGGAUUCGCGCAGUUCCAAUCUACGACAAAAAGGGCGAGAAACUCAGAUCGGUCAGGCUGCUGAUGCGGUUCCAGUUCAUAUGAGAUGAUCCCAUUCCCAUCACACACUCUGCACCCCAAUUGUUCUUGUGAUUGUGAGCAGAGUUUUUUGUGCAUCCAAGUUAGUUGUGUACAGUGGUCACUUGGAUGCUGCAACUGUUGUAAACAUUCCAAUUUAUUAAAUAUUUUUUUUUUGGUUACUCAUAGUUCAUCAUAGAGAUUCAUUGAUACAAGUCAAAUUGAACCGGUUGAGUUGGCAACUCCAUAUAUAUAUGUCGAUCAUCAUCUGGAAGUUUAAAUUCAAGAUGGAAAGGAGGGGGAAAACAAGAAAAUGACAAUUAGUUGUAAUAUUACCAGUGAGAAUUUUUG